ACCAAAACACUCUGACGUAAUCAUCAUGGCGGCCACAGACUCAAACUCUGACAGUUCCUCUUCCAGCAACGUUUUAGUCGACAAGCAACAGCUCGAGGCUGGCUCCUCCUCAGACAGUUCCGACGACCUCUCCGCCCCUGUACAGAAGUGCCCAUUAUGUUGUAGCAGAACUAAGCGGUUUACUUGUAAAUCGUGUGUGAAUGACGGUAAUUUUAGCAGGCCCGACUGUUCCGACUCACCAGCUAGAUACUCAGAAAAGUUACAAGAGCUAUCCAAUUGGAAGAGAGAAAGAUUAAAACUUCAUGCUAGGGCUUCAGAUGUGGUUGACAGUAGCAAGAAAGUUGUGUCUUUGAGAUGGGAAGUUUUGGACCAUACCAGCAGGCUGGUGGCACUCAGAAAAGCUGUAGAUGAGGUGGAGGCAAGGAAGAAGGAAGAAUAUGAGCAGCUGUCCCAGCUGCAUGAGGAGAACCGGCGCAGAAAACAUAAGGAGCUGCGACAUACAGAGAAGCUGGAGAAGAUCCAGCAAUACCUGUCUCAGAUCCAGGCCCACGUGGCGCGCCAGCAUGAGGAGCUGGAGGUACGGCAGGAGGCGCUGGUGGACGUGCGCCGAGACAACAUCCGUGAGCUCACCACCAGCAUCUUUGACAUCCAGGAUGUCGCUCACACUGGUGCUAGUCCUAAGAGGAUCCAGGUUCUUGAGUCCCCCCCAGCUGAACCCCCUGACAAGCGCCGAUUCUGGGAACGGCGGGGGAAAGUUGUUCACUUCCUCAACUUUUGGGACUCUGAGGAGGACAUAUCAGAGAGCACAGUACAGCAGCUUGCAGAGGCCAGGCGUACAGCGUACGUACGUGGUCGCUGGGUUUACACAGACAUCAAUAAUGACUCCCAGGUCUGCAUCGUGGAGCCGUGCCUGCCUGCUAAUGGGAACUACUCAGCCUACCUGGACUGGAUGGAGGCUAAUAAAGAGGCAUCCAUAGGACCAGGUGACUCAGACCUGGACCAGAGGAACCCUGCCUAUACCUUCAGUGCUGGCCUCAGCCAUACAACACAACUGGUCAAACUGUUAGCCUUCUACCUGGGAGUCAACCUGCCCAAGAGAAUAUGCUACAGUGAGUUUUGUGGUGAGCCACUGAGUAGCUCUCGGUUCCACAGAAGUGUGGCCAAACUCAACACCAACAUCCUGCACCUCUGCUUCACUCAGAAUGUGUCUCCAGAACUGUUACACCCUAUGCAGACCCUCAGGAACAUACAGGCCCUUAUCAGUUCACCUGACCUUGGCAGAUGUGGUGCAUUUGAUGUAAACCCAGAGAUGAUCCAGUCUAUAGAGGAGUCGUUGAGCACUGGUGCGAGCCAUGCCAUGGAUGACAGUGAUGAUGAUCGUGGGGUCGGUGCUGAUGAGCAUGACAUCAGUACUGACUGGGAAACCGUGCCCAGUGCUCAGCUGGUGGAGCCACAUGUGGAGUACGUUGGAGAGAGCAGCACAUCUACACUAGUGUCCCACCACAGACGCACCUCUCAGGGCGUGACGGUUAACAUGUCCACCAGCCCCACGGGGGGUCUGAUGUCAUCAGCUGCAGAGACAGUAGCCUCGCUUUGGCGCACUGCUACAGGACAAGGUGGAAACAAAUGAUGGACAAAUUUUUGUCUUGUAUCUGAAGGUGUCAACUUCUACAACAAAUGGUGUUGACAUUGGGAAGUACAUGUACCUUGAUUGGAUUGCAGAUUAUAUUGUACAUAAGACUGCAUGUGUAUGUGUGAGGUGAAGUAAAAUAUAGAGAGGGGUUGGGAAGAAGCAUUCAAAUUCAUAAAUUUAUGGAGUGCUGGGCUUUUGAUCAUGGAUUCUUCAAUAUGCUCCUGGUAGACACAGGAGGCUGUGACUGUCAUUGACUGAUCUCUGACAUCCUGUAGAAAUACAUUGUCUCAUCCAUUCUUCAUAAACAGUGUCAGCCCUCCAGAGGAUUACAUUGUUUUAUGAUUAUUAUUAUGAAGAUUAUUAAUAUGAGGAGGAAUAAAACCUGCUCCUACUGAAAAUGACUCAACUGUAACUGUAUUUAAUGCUUCCCCUCUCUCUUGCAAUUUCCAGUUAAUCACCAUGCCAUAUGAAACCUGUAAAUGGAGAUAGGCAUGUAUCAUGUUGAUACUUAUACUAGUACCAUUUGGCCAAAAAAUUGUUUAAGUGGUCAUAUCUUCUAUAUGCGUCAUUAGUGCUGGCAGUCAUUCAUCAAUUCAUUAAGCUGUAAUUGAAUAUUUUUAGCUAGGACUAUCAACUGCAAAACCAUUUACCAUGUAUUGGUGGCCAUGUUUGAGGGGUCUGUAAAUUCAGCAGAAAAAAAGAUUAUACCAUGUUACUUGUGCCAGUAAGCCAUUGAUGAUACAGAACGGUGGAGUUUAUGGCGAUGAUUCUUCCAUUUGAGAAAUGUGUACAUGUAUUUGAUAGGAGGCUUUUGUUUUGAAAUGUUUGUGAACUUUGUAGGAAAGGAAGGGAAAUAAUGAACAGUGCCUAUUUAUCAUUGUUGCAGACUUAAUCAUACUUAUUGUGUACAUUACGAUGCUUCAAAUAUGAUGUGUUGUAAGUGUGUGUGUUUGCAUGAGAGUGAUUGAUUGAUUGAUUGAUUGAUUGAUUGAGAGAGUGAGUGAGUGAGUGAGUGAGUGAGUGAGUGA